AUGAACCCCAAUCGUUGCACCUCCGACACCUGCACUCAUCGAAUGCACGAGCUGGAGACUCGGUUGAAGUCCCUCACCCGUGAACUGUCCAUGAAGGAGGCACAGCUGAUCGCUGCGUCACAGUCCAACCUCCUGAAACAGUCCCAACAACAGCAGCAACAACAUCAGAGCUGUGAACAGAGUCACCGUAUUGCUGAUCUCAUGAUCCAUCUUGGCGAUCUAGAGGCGGAGAAUGCGCGACUUAAAGCGGCUAUUAAAUCGGAGGAAAAGAUGAAACAGGAACUACUUGCCGGCUAUCACAACUCUUUGAAGGAGAUCACCGAACUCAAUUCCACAUUAACGCGGAAGGAGUACCAAAUAGUGGAUCUACAUAUGCGGUUGGAUAUGAUGAAUCCAAACAGUCCUUUCAAUAUCAUCCUUGCAUCAGACGCCUCCUCAGGACCUGACGGAAGGGGUGGAGGUCAUCCACGUACUUCCACAAGUUUCCUCAAUACCACCAGUGCAGGUGGUGGGAGCGGAAGUAGUCUUUUCCCACCUCGUUCUGCUGACAACGAUUUUAAUUUCGGUGGAGGGAGCGGCUGGCCACCCUUCCCCACCUCCUCCGCGGCCAAUUCUGUCGCAUUUUCUGAACAUCAUCACCAGCAGCAGCAGCAGCAGCAGCAUCGGCUGCGCUCUGAAAGCACCAGUGCUGUGCUCAAUGUUCUCAUGAGUACACGGGAGGAUAAAAGUGCAAUUCAACCACCGCUACCGCCACCUCCGAGAUUCGAUACCAAUGCUGAGGUGGAUCUAGAGGUGGCUUCAAACAGUCUCUCUCCUCCAGAGUUCUUGUCCAAACUGAGGACCCAGUUGGCGAUGGCAGGGGCAGCGAACGGUCCACCACCCCAACCACAGUCACCGCCACAGCCGUCUCAGCGAGCACCACCACCACAACAGCCCCCACCGAUUAGUCCGCCUUCGCGUGACAUCGUCGGUGCGAUUUCAGUAGAACCGGAGAGCCUGCCUCAGAUCAGUCCUGGUGCGGUGGUCGAGACUGAAAGUGACGCGGCAAACGGCGGUGGUGGGGUAAUGGGAGAGGAGGUGAUGGGAGCGGGAAAGACAGGGGCUCUCUUCUUACCGCAUAAACACUUCUACCUUAUCAACUGA